AUUUUUUUGAAUUUGAACACCAUAAUUAAUAGUUGUUCGUAUUUUAAACUGCAUAUUCGCAUACUUUAAAUACUUCACUUAAAACAAAACGCUAAUAAAAUAUUCAUGUACAUCUUUUCAGUCAACGUCAACAUCAACCUUCAACCUCAAAUCUUAAAUCUUUUCAUUAACCUAAAAAAUUCGAAAAUAAAAUUCCACAAAUAAAAUAUAAAACGAAACAGUUUUAGAAAAAUGUUGACAACUAUAAGAAUUGUAAUCAAACCCCGAGUACUCAAGUGGAAGAAUGUAAACGGUUUUCGAAAUUGUUCUAAUGCCGCUGAACCUAAAAGUGUUGAAAACAAGGUAGUGGAAAGUUCAAAAAAAAAUCUCUUAACAUAUCGCCACAUAUAUCCGGAAUUUUUACCGGAUCCAAAUGUGAAAUUUCGAAAUGUUAUUCGUGAAAAAUUAGAAAGGAAAGAUAUGAUAUCACGUAGGAGUCAAGUAGCUAUACCGGAAUUCUAUGUUGGAUCUAUAUUGGCAGUCACAAUUUCGGACAAGCAUUCUCCUGGUAGAAGUGAGAGAUUUGUUGGAAUUUGCAUUCAAAGACUAGGAUGUGGAUUAAGAGCCACAUUCUUACUGAGGAAUGUUAUUGAUAAUGAGGGAGUUGAAGUAUUAUAUGAACUGUAUGAUCCAUCUAUUCAAAGGAUUGAAGUAUUAAGGUUGGAGAAAAGAUUAGAUGAUGAAUUAUUAUAUCUGAGGGACUCUUAUCCAGAGUACAGUACAUUUGAUGUUAAUAUGACUGCUGAAUUGAUUUCAGAAGAUACUCCUAUACCUGUAAAUACAACCAAAGUUAAAUUGAAACCCAGACCCUGGACUCAGAGGUGGGAACGUAAGAAUUUACAAGGUGUUGAAAAUAUAAAUUUACCCCAGAAGUUCUGGGAUAAGGCAGCAAAGGUGGCCAAACCUUGGGAAAAAUAUGAUUUAAUGAAAACUUACAUGAAAACAAUUCCAGAAGAAGAACAAACUGAAAUAUUCGAUGAUAUUAAAAACCAGUUGCAAAAAUUGGAAAUUACCAGAAAGAAGUUGAAGAGGGCACGUACUUUCGUUAGGCCUGUGAAACUAGCUUAGGUGAAUAAAUGAUGAAUUUUUAUUGUAAAAAAUAUCAGUUAUGCUAUUAUAACUCAAUUUCAAUAAA